AUGGAUAAUCCGUUUUCUCAAUACCGUAAACCGAUUAUACUGGAAAGGCUCGCAUAUGGUAUAAACCAAGCUGGAGCGACUCAAAAAGAUAAAAAAAGAUUAGCCUUAACAGCAAUUAAGUAUCUGAAGGAACAGAAAUAUACUAAUUCGAUACAUUGGGACCUAUUUUUAUCUAACAGUGGUUUAAAACCUGGUGAUGUGACUACAACUAAUUCUGAUGACGGAGAACGAGAUGUUAUCUUGGAGAAAGUAAUUGCACAUGAAUAUGCUGACGCAUUGCGCAUGAUAGAAUCAAAGGAUAUAGACCAAAAACAAUACUUCCAAAAAUUAGAAUGUAUUGCAAAUGUGCAUAUGUUGGCGAAAGAUUAUCAUAGUAUACAAGAAUUAGGUAAUUAUUUGAAAGACGUCAAGUUAAAUGAUUUUAACGGAUGCGAGGAACAGUCAAUCAGAUACCUUAGGGUACUUCUCUGUGCAUCAUAUUUUUCAGAAGGGAAAUUUUUUGAGUGUAGUUCUCAUUUCUCUGAAUAUGUUGCUGAUGAUAAUACAUUUUUUGAUCAUACAUCUGGAUCCAUAUUCCUGAAAAAGGAAGUCAUCCUGAUGGCGACAAUAUCAUCUUUAGUUGCUAUACCGCUGGAUAAUUAUUCAACGUUUUUAUAUCUUACAAUAGCCAGUAGAAUCAGAAGUGAGUCCUUGAUAAUGUCAAAAUGUAUGGAACCUUUGAUCCAAACAAGAUUUAAGGAUUUUUUCAAAUAUUGGAAUGUUACCGUUGCAGAGACUUGUGCUCCUUGUUUUUUCGUUAUUGGUCAAUGGGAAUUUGCACAACUUCUAAUGAGAUGUAAGAUAUAUUUCUUUUAUUUGAGAAUAUCUACAAGAUUAGAAAUAUCGUACAUAUCCAAGAUCUUAAACGUUGAUGAAAAGCAAACUAGAGAUGAAAUUCAAUACUUGAUCGAUUCAACUGGAUUAAAUAUCCAAAUUGUGGAUGAUGUUAUAUCAUAUAAAAAUAAACAUGUAUUUCAAGAUGCAGUAGAAACGUUGAAGGUGAACGAACUUCGUCUUGAAUCAAUCUUGGCCGAUCAACAGAAAAGCAAUGCAAAAUUAAAGGAUGAAGUGCAACAGAGUAUUAUAAACAAUGAAGAAUCUAUGGAAGAGACAGUUAGAAGAGAGCAAGCUAAUGCUAUUGAUCAACAGUUAUAUCUUAAUGAGGAAGAGGACGAUGAUGAUAUAGCGAUGGACACCAAUGAAUAA